ACUCCUCAGCAGCAGAAAAAAAUUAAAAUGAAUGAAGACAAACCGAAGUCCAAGUUUUUACAAGACCGUCGUUCUAAGUUGUUAAGUGUUCUCAAUAAAGUUUGCAAGCAAAACACUGCAUCGGUUUGUGAAACAACAUCAUCGAUUGUGGAGAUACCGGAUGAUCCAAUAAUAGUUAAAUCUGAGACAACAUCACCACCAUCAUCUCCAGAGUUAACAAUAGUACAUGAUACUUCAGAAAUGGUUAAAGAAGGAACACAAGAUCAAAAAGAGUCAUCUCAUUCAACUACAAUUAGCCCUGAGUCCGAAUACGAGCACAAUGAUGCAAACAUUAAAUUAGAGGAUCCGGAGGAACCUAAUUUCAGUGAAGAUAAAGCUGAAAAUCAUGAUGACAGUGAAAAUAUUGAUGAUGAUUUUCAAAGCUGUGCUGGAGAUGAUAAUCCUGAUGAAUACUACUGUGAUGAUGAUAAUCUUGAUAAUCAUAAUGAUAGUGAAAAUAUUAAUCAAGAUGAGACCAAAGAAAUUGGAAUUAAUACAAAUGAUGAGAAAGGAAUUAAUACAAAUGAUGAGGAAGUAUUAAAUAGUAAUACAAAUUCAAACAAUGAAAUGGAAGAAGGUAACCAAAUAGAAGAAAAUGAUAAAAGAGUUGACAACAAUGAUGCCAAUAGUGAAGAACAAAAUGUUGGUGAAAGUGAGGAUUUUGCUAAAAAUGACGAAUGUGAAAAUAAUGAAGCAAAUGAAGUUGAACAAGUCAUGAAAGAGGACAGCAAUAAAAUGGAAACAAUCAUAAAAAAUGAUGGAAUGGAAAUAUUAGAUGAAUCCAAGGAGAAAGAAACAUCUGAACACAUUGAAGAAGAUUUAGAAGCAUCAGCUUCAUCAAUGGAGCCUGGUUCUAAAGAACAAUUUUUUAGAUACCUCAAUGUGUUAACACACGACCGAUGUACACAGAUUAUUGAACAAAGACUUCAUAAGAAAAAGCAGUUGAAUGUCAAAGCCAUUGAUGUGGAUCUAUUGCAUAAAACACCAAAAAAUAAAAAAAGAAGUAAAAAGAAGUUAUACCUACAGCAAAGAACUCCACCAGUGACUCGAUUAAGGUCAAAUGCCAGUUUCAAAACUCAAGUAUCUAGCGAUACAAAUGGGAAGAGCAAAUCUGCUAAUCAUAUUUUCAACAAUUUUUUAAAUAAUGAAGUACCAUCUGAAAUUAAAACUGAAUUUCAAGGUUUAGAAAACCUUACAGUUUGUUCUGAAAUUAAUAGAGAACUGGGAAAUAACAUAGACAAGAAUAGAACGGGAAAUAAAAUAGACAUUUGUAUUAUUUGUCAGUUACAUGAUGAUGAGGGUGUCAUUUGCUGCCAAUUAUGUGGUGAAUACUACCACCUUCUAUGUCACAGACCAGGGCAAUUACAUGUUCAAAAGCGUAUGUGCCCAUAUUGCAUAUACAAAUGUAGUCCUGAUGCUAAAGUUGAAUUAACAGAUCAAUUGAAAAUCAAGAAAGAGCAGCGAAACAACUUAUUGCACAGAUAUAGACAUUUGAGAUAUGAAGUACAAGAUUUAGAUAUUUUAGCAUCAGAAUUGUGUGUAAAAAUUAAAAGACAAAACUACAGGCAUGAUCAGUUACUUUCUGAUAAGGUUAUGAUUGAAAGUAAUUUAAAAACAUUACUCAAUUUUGUUGCACAGAUAAAAGGACAACAAUCAAUACCUCAGAAAUCAUUAUUUAGUCCGUGA